ACCAAAAAGGCGGCUACUAGCGGCAACUAGCAAAGUCCUCGACUUUCGGAAUUGAGUUUCUCGCUUCUCUUCUCUUUCAGACCAUUUUAAUUUCUCUAUCGUCGACUCUUCAACCAGAGAAAAUCGAACAGAAAAAACCCUAGCUUCGAAUGCAGAGCUGAAACCUUCCUCCCAUUCCAUGGCGUACUUGCGCAGACUUCUCCCUCUUCGCUCCUCCAUUAACAGGAUGUUAAGCAGGAGCGUUUCGUUUUCCGGAGUCGGAGAAGGUUUCGGAGGAAGUUACAGGAGUUAUAGCGCGAUUGAUACUUCUGCUGAACGAGAUAAUGCGGUUCUUGAAGAGGAAAUAGGGAAGAUUCGUCGUCAUUAUGAAGCUGCCAAGAAGAAUUUCCUCAAGAUUCCAGAUGCGCUUAAGGAAAUGCCGAAGAUAAAUCCUGAAGGGAUUUAUGUGAACAAGAAUCUGAGAUUGGACAAUAUUCAAGUUUACGGCUUCGACUAUGACUACACAUUAGCACAUUACUCGCCCAAUUUACAGACCUUGAUAUACGAUCUUGCAAAGAAACAUAUGGUUGAUGAGUUUCGGUAUCCUGAUAUUUGUGCGACAUUCAAUUAUGAUCCCUCCUUUCCCAUCAGAGGAUUGUACUAUGAUAAGCUAAAAGGCUGUCUCCUGAAGUUGGACUUCUUUGGGUCAAUUGAACUGGAUGGUUGCUACUUUGGUCGUCGCAAGCUUAGCAGGAAGGAGAUAGAAGAUAUCUAUGGAACUCGACAUAUUGGUCGUGAUCAAGUACGGGGCCUUGUUGGUUUAAUGGAUUUCUUCUGCUUUAGUGAGGCAUGCCUUAUUGCGGAUAUUGUGCAACAUUUUGUUGAUGCUAAGCUGGACUUUGAUGCUUGUUAUGUGUAUCAAGAUGUGAAUCGUGCCAUUCAGUAUGUUCAUCAAAGUGGCUUGGUUCAUAGAGGAAUUCUUAAUGACCCUUACAGAUACCUUGUUAAAAAUGAUCAGCUAUUACAUUUUCUAAAGAUGUUGAAGGAAAAGGGGAAAAAGCUAUUUUUGCUGACUAAUUCUCCAUAUUACUUUGUAGAUGGCGGUAUGCGGUUUCUGUUGGAGGAUUCUUUGGGUGAUAGAGACUCCUGGAGAGAACUUUUUGACGUUGUGAUUGCUCAAGCGAAUAAGCCAGAUUUCUACACAUCAGAACAUCCAUUCCGUUGUUAUGACUCGGAGAAGGACACUUUAACUUUUACAAAGGUCGAUAGGUUUCUUUCAGAUCAAAUCUACUACCACGGAUGCCUUAAGUCCUUUCUCGAAAUAACCAAGUGGAACGGCCCAGAGGUGAUUUACUUUGGAGACCACCUAUUUAGUGACCUGAGAGGUCCUUCAAAAGCUGGUUGGCGCACUGCUGCGAUCAUCCAUGAACUAGAAGAUGAAAUUCGUACGCAAAAUGAAGAUGCUUACCGUCAUGAGCAGGCAAGAUUUCACAUUAUACAAGAACUUCUUGGUAAAUUGCACGCAACUGCGACUAGUACUGUUCCAAGUAAAGAAUAUAAAUUGCUGUUGGAGGAGCUAAAUGAGGAGCGGCGGAAGGCACGCCAAAAGUUGAAGGAAAUGUUUAACAAGUCUUUCGGAGCCACCUUCGUCACAGACACAGGUCAAGAAUCUGCGUUUGCAUAUCAUAUACAUCAAUAUGCAGAUGUUUAUACUAGCAAGCCAGAGAAUUUUUUACUCUAUUCUCCUGAAGCGUGGCUGCAUGUACCCUUCGAUAUCAAGAUAAUGCCACAUCAUCUGAAGGUUCCAUCGAGCUUGUUCAAAAGUUGCUGAUCAUCAUUCUUUUGGAGGAAAGGUUUGAAAAAGGGUAGUUCACCUUUCUACAUUCUUUUGAAGCCAAACAUGGUAAGUAGAGUUUUAACCAUCGUCAAGGUUUCAGCAACAAGUCUACAAUAGUAGGUCAUGCCCAUAAAUUUGGGUCGCACAUCUUAUAGAAACAUUCAUCUUGAGUUUGACGUGUACAUUACACGUCUAUUCAUUCUUUCAACCACAUAUUGAAGUCACGAAGUCUAGUCUCAAGGAUAAAAUGAGUAGAAGAAAUAUAUUGUUCAUACUUUACAAGUGUAAAAUUUUGUCUCGUGUAUAGUAUACUUUUCCAAGAUUCACUUCUUAUGCUGCUUAAUGAAAAAGGGCAAUUUACCUUUCA